GUGUGCACUUAGUCUUAGUUUAGUGAGUAGAGAUCUGUAAGCUUUUGGUAAUGUAAAUUUUAAAUAUUCUUGCAUUUUAAAAUUAUAAUUGUAUACUUGGCUAUAAAAUACAAGUUUUCCCCAAUUUGUUUUAUGCUAUCAAAUUGAUUAAAUGAAUAAUCAGAAUUACAAGACUAACGAUUGGAAUGUUGGUAGGUUUUGAUUAAUAGUUGCAUAAUGCGUUGAAAAUGACAAGUUCCAUGUAUAUUUCAUAUUAGAAUGCUAAAGUAUAUCUUAAAAAAUUAUUCAUGGUAUUGACAAAAUUAGACAAGUCAGGGAUUAUAACUCUUACAAACUUGUUCAAUUAAUUUCUAUGAUAGUUAUUUUAAAAUAAGUUGCGAUCAUUACUCUAAAAGCUCCCAUUACAUAUAUAAUAUAUGUAAAUAUGGUAGACUUUGUUUAAAUUACUUAUUCAAUUUUAUUUACUUUUUUUUUUUUGACCGUUUAAAAAUUUAUCAAAAAUGAAAGAGUAAUGAUUUUUAAAAAAUGCAAUUCUUUAUAAAUUGUAAUUAUCUACAUGUAUUAACUCUAGUGGGCAUGUAUUUAAAGUGAUAGGAAAUCAAUGUAAAUUUUACUACACUUUUAAAUUUUCAAAUUCUUAUCUGAUAAGAGAGGCCCCCAAAACGUGCUUUCUCGCGUAACAAAGCGGACCGCCUCUUUAAAUGUUUACCUGUGCUCUUCCCAUUGGAUAACAUACGCCCCACAAAAAACAAUAUGCUAGUAUGAUUCGUUUCGCCUUCUCAGUGAUCGAUUAUUAGGUGUAAUUAAUGGACAGUGUCUACCUGACCACAUGGGUGCGUUAUUCAAUAUUACAAUGUCAGCAGCGCGCGAAAAUGAUUUCACGUUAAAACAAUUGAUUUUUUUCUCUCCCUCAUGGGCGCCUCGUAGAACAGCCGUUAACAGUUUCUAAACAUUUGAGUAUGGCGAAACUGGCCAGGUAUGAAAUUUGGGGGAUGUACACUAACACUGGAUUUUGAGUGUAUCAGGAAGAUGUGAUUUCAUUUGGAGUGAAAUGUUUUUAACAUGCCGUUGGGAGAACGAGUUAUUACACCUGUUAAUUUAGGAAGAUCACCCAUAAAAAUUGACCAUGGGGACCAGAGAAAUCUCCACCGUGCCGUGGCAUCGAAUGCCCUCGUGGGUAUUCUCCAUCAACUGGCCAGCGUGGUCCGAUUAGCGGAUGACAUCUUCUGUGACAUUUCGGAGGAAUGCCAGAAAGUGUUCGAAAAGUCGGAACGUAUUAGUAGGAAGAUUGCAUUUGUGGAACAGUUUGUGAAAGACCUUGAUGCCAAAACGGUUACCAUUCAACUUUCAGAACCAGCAACUGUCGGUGACCUGAGCAAGUUUAGUCAUUGUCACGAUCAUCAUGUCGCCAAGCAUGGAUUUGACUGUGACCUUUUCACCUCUGAUAACCGUCCACACUGCAUGCAGGACCACUACAUGCUCUGCGAGACCUCCCCCUCCAAAAUCAUGCGGGGCGCAGAUUUGUACCGGAAAGAUGGACUGUGUACGUCUAGGUUGUUCAAACUGUGGCCAGUCGCACUGAAUGAACCCAAGAUCUCCUCUCCAGACUUCAACCUGCCUAGAAGGUCACAAGAUGUGUUCACAUUUGAAAAGAGAUACAAAAAGUUAAAAGAACGUCGAAAAACAAUUCACAUAACUGGUGAACUUUUCCCUGAGGAGAAGAAAGACAAAUCUAAGGAUGAGAAAAAUGAGAUGGACUCAGGUGUCACUGCAGUCCCUCCGUCUGAAGUGAUCAAAGUAGACACGUCUGGAAUGGGGUUCCACCGAAUGCAGUCAUUCAGGAAAGCCCUCGCAAAAGUAGAGUACGAAGACGUCAAGAAAAAGAAGCGGCGCAGAACCGUUUCAGGUGUGUCCGAAAGCAUUCUACAAGAAAUCGAACUGUUUGAAAAGAGGCGUGUCAGUACAAGUGGGAGGGACCAUGUCAGAGACUAUAAUUUUGAGGAUUUGGACGUUCUUGAAACUGAGAUUCCAAGAGAUGAGGAGAUGGUCAAGUAUUUAGAUGAAAUCGAUGCCAAGAUUGAGGAGAGGAAAGAAGAUGAAAGGUUUUUCAAAGAACCGAAAAUUCUUAAAUUUUUCCCAUGUCGUAGAUCAAAAUCAUUACCUCGGUGUGCCAAGUUGAACUCUGCAAAGGCUCUCAUUGAACGAAAAUCUCAGUUGGCUGGACUCAAUGAUAGUGAUUUGAGCCUGAAUACAAAUGUUUCUACAGAGAGUCGAUAUUCUCGCCAAACAAAACGUGGCAGUUUCAGCAACAAAAUCAAAUCAUUGGUCCGGAGCAGUAGUGGUAACAGACUGGUGGAGAAAAUCCACAAAUCACGACCAAAAUCCCUGGACUUAGAUGCUAUAGACUUCGAAGUCACCGGUCAUUCCAACUUGGCCAAAAUGCCCAGUAUGCCUGAUGGCAUGCUGACCAGGAGAGAAAUGAACAUGAAGGUGGGUCCUGGUACAUACUAUGGUUUUGAGAAUGAGAGCAACACAUUGCCGAGACGGAACGUCAAACGAAAUGAAUUUCCUUGGGAGUCCAUGCCAAAGGACUGGACAACAUCGGUUAAGUUACGAGAGAUUUCCAAGAGGCAUUCCAGUUACACAGACAGACAGUCGUCCUCAGGUCAUUGGAGUGGCAGUAGUAGUAAUCGUCACUCACUGGACAGCGACCACGUCGUGAAAGCCGAGAUCAUUCCUAACUCCAGGUCCCAGUGUUCCCUCGGCAACGACUCAGGGAGAGACUCUCCAAUCCCUCCAGAGAGCAGAUGUGGAACAGAAUCAACAGGAGGAUACACGGGGGACGACGCCAGCACAAUAGCAGGGGAUGUGAAUUCUGUGGUCAACGCUAAACUGGACACGGAGACGUGGUUGAAGAGUCUGGCCGUCAGAGCCAUGGGGAGGGAAGAAGUGACAUCCAGCAGUGCCGAGACGUUAUCCUCCCUCACCAGACUGACCAAGAAGAAUAUCAUGGCACUGGACCUGAUGAUGUCAUCGCCACAGAGGAGACCACCACCAUGUGAUGACGGCGAAUCUUCAGUUUAUUCAGUGGAUCAGGAAGGCUUCUACACAUCCUUCCACAAUGACAGUGGAUUACGGAAAAGUAGUGGAACAUUGGUGGAUGAGGACGAGGAGGAGCUGUCUCUGAGUAAAGACUCCCAGUCUCUCUGCAGUUUUGACAGUGUGAUUCAUAAUCCGGAGGGAGGGGAUAAGUUUGCUGGGGUUAAGACAAGCAGUGGAAAGGUUCUAAACAAAGUGAAUCCCCCAGCUCCUCCAAAGAGGACCAGUUCCUGUUCAGAGGAUCAAAAAUCUUCUCAGGAAUCCUCCUCAUUUUCUGAUACAGAUCAGGAUGCCAUGUCAUCGAGACUGAUCUCGAAAACCCAGAUCUCCAACACGACCAUUCCGUCCCUGUGUCCGAUACUGAGUGAUGAGGACAGCUCCCUCAGUAGACAAACUUCUGUUGAUGGAGACCCCACAGUGAAUAAACAUUCCAGUGAAUGUGUGUCAGACCCUUCCUCAUUUUCACAUUUCGAUGGGAAGGGUUCUUUAGAAAACACAAGCACAUCAGAAGAUUCUAGUUACUGUCAGACAUUACCAAAGACAUUCAAUGCUAAAUCAAAAGAAUCACAAUCAUAUGACUAUACAAAAUCAUGGCCACGGUGCAUGAACAAGGAAAAGGAGAAUCACCCUAAAUCAGGAAUUCUAAAAAAUUCAGAUCGUUCUCUAAGUGGUCCCAAAACACCUAAAUCUCUUAAUUUUUCACCUGUUAUCAACAUGUUUAACCCAGGAACACCUCUUUCUCUCCAGCUCCCUCUUGUUUCUUCACCCACUUCUUCUGAAGAUGGAGGAAAAGAAAGAAAGGUUGCUGCCAUGGCAGAGGAAGGGGUGUAUAAACUGACUGUUCAGGAGGAAAGGAAAGACCUUCCUCUGAAGUAUCACCCAACUCUUGUUGUAAAACCAGGUGCUCGAUCACAGUCAUCAGAACGAAAAUCUUCUCAGGAGUCCCAAAAUGUGCCUUCUGAAAAAGAUGCUAUGAAAAUAUCUUCAUCUGCAGAAACUUCCAUGGGAAAUACAUCUUUUUCAACUGUUCCCAUUCAAAAUGGUGCUGUCUCAAAUCAAACACCAUCAGAUUUAUCCAUGACUUUUUCAGGGAUGCAUAGCAUCAGUUCGUUUGGCAGCAUCAAUUCUUUGGAAUCAGCAGGAUCUUUGUCUUUAAGCAACAGCUUGACAUAUGUAACCCUGGCCAGUCCAUGCAGCUCUCCAAAUUUAUCUAACCUGGAUGUCCCCAUGAUAAACACGCCUACAGGAUCAUUUGAAUCUCUCUCAGAACAGUCAACAUUUUCUGCUUCCAUGGUAAACCAAUACAGUAAUUCAUGUACAACAGACAAUUCUAGCUUGAGUUCCACAAUUGAAACCAUAGCAAUAACAACAAAUUCUCUGGACUCUUUCAAUGAAACUCGAACAGAAAACCAAUCAUUCCAGACUUUUUCUGGACCUCCCAUGUUGGCAUCAACUCCCCAUUCAUCUGUGUCCAGACUAGGAAACCAACCCAGAACUCAGAACUCUUUUUCACAAAGGCCCAAGUAUUCAGAGUCAAAAUACAGACCAGAUGAGAGAGGAAGGAGGAGAACCAGACAAGCACCAGUUGAACCAUCAGAAACAAAAACAAAAUUGAAAGCCUCAACUUCACUUCCUGAACAUAUGGUAAACUACACCAAUACUAAAUACCAAGAGAGAACAAGAAGUUACAAGCCAACAAAGCAAGGCCCUACAAGUAGUAACAAGAGAGGGGCUGUAGUGAAUGUCAUGAACUUAAAUAGCAAUGGUUCUAAUUACUCGGAGGAAUCCUCCAAUAGAACGGACUCGUACAGAGUGGCCUUGACAGAGCCAACCAGUAACCAAAAGUCUUACAAAGCACCCCCAGCAGAACCCUCCAAUCGAACCGAUUCUUACAGAGUGGCCAUGGCAGAUAGUAACAGUUGCCGCUCGGGAUCAUACAGAGUAGCAAUGAAAGAGAGUUUGAGCUGCCCAUCCUUUAAUCAAAAAAUUAGUAACCCACCACCUUCAACCAAUCAAAAUUUUCCAUACAAUGGAGUACCAGACAGUUACAAUAACCCACCAUCUACCUCCAGUGACUUCCCAAUUGACUUUACACGUACAGACUCAUAUAGAGUUGCUGUGCGUAACACGCAGGGAGUCGUGAAUAACGAUAUGGUUCAGAGGAAUUCUUCUUACAGAGUAGCAGUGGAUGACUUGGAACCUGUAAUGAUGGACUCCAGGAUGAAUGGUCUGGAGGGGGGUAGUGAUCUGGUCAGUGGAAGGGAUUCUCGUCGCAUGGGAAUUACCAACAUUGAUCAGGUGAAGGACAUCCCAGCCAAUAAUCAGGGGGGUAGAAUUAUUGGUGGAGUGGAUGUGUCAAAAAUAGACACCAGCAAAGUGGUAAGACGGCGUCCAAAAUCAGACGUGGAUCCAAUAUCGGUCAUAUCAAAUCAAGAGGCCUCCAAGAAUGCAAACAGGAGCCACAAAAGCAGUAACAAGCGACACAGUACCUCGUCCACAUACAUCAAGUUUGAUCCAAUAUUCGAGGUCGGAGAGGAUAUGAUGCUGUCCAUGGAAUCUCUGAAAACUUCAUCCAACACGUCUCUCAAAAUGACGUCCGAUUAUACAGAUCACGGUUAUGGAUUUAACAGGGAGCCAGAGAAAAUCAAUGCAGGCGGACAUCAAAAGAACCCCAGUGAAAAAAGUAGUUCUUCCUUGAUUGGCUCCAUUAAGAGUACGUUAAAAUCUAUGUCCAGUCAUUCAAAACAAAGCAGUUCUGGAAAUGAAGAUGACUGGCGGUUUUCUAUGGUGUGAAUCGUAACUCAGUUUCAACUGUUUAGGGUUUCAUCCAUUGUUUAAAUCCUGUGAUAUUCAUGAAUCCAUGACAGACAUUUGUUCCAAUUUACUUUUGAAGAGUGCCAUAUGCAAUAUUUCUCCAUUUUUUUUUUAAACUUAACUGCAUUGCAUGAAUUUAUUUUAUAAAUUUUUAUUCAUUUUUUUUUUCAUAGUUUGAAAAGUCAUCAUUACAUGUAUAUCCACAUAAAUGUGUCAUUUACACUUCAUUUCCAUAAUUAUCCACGCUAUCAUAAAUAAAUUAAGUUGUAAAUAUAUGUAAAUACAUACCAUGUAUGCUAUAUUUAACCCUUAUAUGUUUAUUAUUUUUUAAUUAAUAUGUAGAGGUCACAGUAAUAUUAGACAUAUAUAUAGUAUAAGUGUUUUUUGAAUUUCUUAAGAUUAUUUAUAUAACAUGUUUCAUUUUAAUCUUAAAAGUGCUUGCCAUUUCAUGUCAUUUUUUUUAAAAAAGAUAUCUCACGUUAUAUUUUUAUUGGAUGAAAUAUUGGAGUUAUGUACUUUUUAUAUUUUUGAAUUUUAAAAAUUCCUAUUUAACACAAACCAUUUAUCAUAUAUAUCCAUUACAUUGUGAAUUAUUAAUGCAAAAAUGGCAGCAAUAUAUUUAAGUCUUGUUUGUUAAUGGAUUCAUUAUAUAUUAUGUUUACUCAUCUGUCACAUAUUCUAUUUGUUCGAGUAAUAGACAAUAAUUUAUUCAAAGAAAUGUCAUAAAAAUUGAAACAGAACAUAUGAAUGCACGCAUCAACACUUUGCACAAGUUAUGUCCCUUGUUUGCCAUCGUGCGGUUAAAAAAUAGUAUUUUCCUACCUUGUCCUUUAUAAUUUUCUGGUCUGUGGCUGUGACAUUUGUGAUUUUUCCAUGAGUUGCAGUUAACUAUAUAUAAUAAUGCCCCAGGGUGGGAUAACCCAUUAACUUGUAUGAAAACUUGGUAAUUAGAUAUAAUUCACAGUAGUAAUUAACCUCUUACAUUUGGUAUGGUAAAGAAUGACAACUUGUCUUUUCACCGAUUGACCUUGCAAAGGGACGUAACUUACAGCAAAGUGUCGAUACGUGUAUUAAGCCCUGGUGGUCAAUGUUUACAAUACACAUGUCCAGUUAAUGUGUCCGAACAAAUGUCCAAAGUGUCAUGGUCAGCAUUGGCCCGGUGUCAGCCGAUGAAAGAAGAUUGGGUUGUUUUUUUCAAAUCCCAUGAAUUUUCAAUUCUUGCAGAUCAAACUUUUUCAAAUCGCAUACACUUCAAGCUUGCAGAUUAAAGUUUUUCAACUCUCAUAUAGACGUCAAGCUUGCAAAUUAAAGUUUUUCAAUUCUCAUAUUAUAGACUUCAUGCUUGGAAAUUAAAGUUUUUCAACUCCCAAAAACUUUUGGAUCUCUCCUGUACUAUUACUAUCACGUCUAAAGGUUAUGUUCAUUAAAGGAGUACACCAAAUUGACUAGGAUUUUCAUCGGUCAUAUAUUUAUGCAAUGAAGAGGUAUAGAAUAAUGUUUGAAAAAUUGUUGAGUGUGGCAAAAAAAAACAUCAAUCAAUUGUAAGAAAUGCAGCGAGUAAAGUUUUUGUAGUUUACUUUUUCACAAACAUCAAAGAACGUGAUGUAUUCACAAGGAAGCCAAAAUGGUUGUUUGCAGUGCUUGUGUGUUACCAAAGAGUCCACCCUCACAUCUUGUAGUGCAAUUACCUGUAUUCUACAGGUCUCUGUAGCAAAAAUAAAAUAUAUUAGUAACA